CCCGUCAAUCUGGCAACCCGCAGAGCAGCGUUAAGGAACUGGAGUGGCUCCAUUUUAGUCACGCUUCCGCGAGUGCAGCUCCUCGGACAGCUGGGAGAACUUUUCUGUGCCUCUGCGCUGAGUUUCUCGGGGACAGGGACAGAGAGACCGAGGGGACAGAAGGAGGACAGAAUGGGCAGCACGGCGGCGGACGCGAAGCCGCGCGACUCAUCCAGGAAGAGCCCGAAGAAGCGGCGCGCGCUGCGUCUCCACAUGCCCGACCUGAGCUCCUACACGUCUCCUGCCUUGGAUGGAGAAAAAGACAAAUCCAGUAAAGCUGCAACACCGAAGGGUGAAGAGCCCGGCUCAUCGAACACAUCUAAAGGUUUUUUACUGAGAUCUCCAAUCCCUCAGCCCUCGAGCCCCAUCUCUGCCCCGCUCCGCUCCCGGACGUCUCCCAAUUCCCCGAAAAGCAUCUUCCCCUCCCACCAGGACUCGCCUCCUAAAUCCCCCCACCGUCUCAGCUUCAGUGGUAUCUUCCGCUCGCCAUCUAAUCCCUCCAAGAUCUUCUCCAGAGCACGGAAAGCGUCGGUCCCGCUGUCUCCGCCCACCACACCAACCCAGAGCUCCAACCCUCUGCUGUUCUCCACGGAAGAAAGGCGUCUGCGCUCGCUCUCGUCUCCACCUGAUGCGUGUCUUCUGCGCUACAGUCUGGCUUCGGCGAGCUCCGCCUCCUCCUCCAGCCCUAGUCCUGUCCGAUAUAGCCCCUCCCCUGCCACCCCCAGGUCCGCCCCCCGUCCAGUGUACGGUUCGACUGAAGGCAUGUUGGAGAAACUGGACCUCAGUGAUGGCGAGCCAAGCUGCGAUAUUUACACCCGCUUUAUGAAGUGCCACAGAUGCUACGACCUCAUCCCGACCAGCUCGAAACUUGUGGUCUUCGAUACGACACUACAGGUCAAGAAAGCCUUCUUCGCUUUGGUCGCUAAUGGAGUGAGAGCCGCUCCACUGUGGGACAGCAAACGGCAGAGCUUUGUGGGAAUGCUGACGGUCACGGACUUCAUCAGGAUUCUGCACAGAUACUACAAGUCUCCUCUCGUGCAAAUAUACGAGCUGGAGGAGCACAAGAUCGAGACGUGGCGAGAGCUCUACUUGCAGGAGACCUUCAAGCCCUUGGUGAACAUUUCACCUGGAGCGAGUAUAUUCGAUGCGGUUUACUCCCUCAUCAAAAAUAAGAUCCACCGUUUGCCGGUGAUCGACCCGGUGUCAGGGAACGUCCUCUACAUCCUCACACACAAGAGGAUCCUCAAGUUCCUGCAGCUGUUUGUGUGUGAGAUGCCCAAGCCGGCCUUCAUGAAGCAAACGCUGAGCGAGCUCGGCAUCGGGACGUACCACAACAUUGCCUUCAUCCGGCCGGACACGCCCAUUAUCAAAGCACUAAGUGUGUUUGUGGACAGAAGAGUGUCAGCGCUGCCUGUCGUGGACAAUACUGGAAAAGUCGUGGAUAUUUAUUCCAAAUUUGACGUCAUCAACCUGGCGGCGGAGAAGACGUACAACAACUUGGACAUGAGCGUGACGGAGGCGCUGAAACACCGCUCGCAGUACUUUGAGGGAGUGAUGAAGUGCGGACAACACGAGACCCUGGAGACCAUCGUGGACCGGAUCGUUAAGGCUGAGGUGCACAGGUUAGUGGUGGUGGACGAAUCCUCCAACAUCGAGGGCGUCAUCUCUCUGUCCGACAUCCUCAGGGCGCUGGUUCUCUCUCCUGCAGGUUUAAGCAGGAAGGAGGAUAAAACAGAAGCACAAGCCACAGCGAAGACGUAGCGAGUGUUCCACCAACUUGCGUGAGAGUCUGAGAGGGGCGGGGCUUCGAGUCGCGGACCUCGUUGUGAUAGACCGUGUAAUAUUUGUCCUCUUUGUCCUGCUGUACCGUACUGUACCCUGCUCUGUGUCUCUACGGGCUCCGAUGCUGCUUCGUUUCUCCGUUUCCACAGAAAUGAUUCGCGCACUACAGGGAGAUCAUCUCAUUGGCUUCGUGGCCUAAAACGCAAAAACCUGCUGAAAUUGAAUCGAGAAAACUUUAAAGAUGUCUUGCUGACAUUUUAAGCUGCUCCUUUUUUCAUCCCCAUGCUUUGUAACCAUGAAAACGCCGUCUCCGUAUCUGCUCUCUGAUUGGACAGAUGUGUAACAAUAAAGAUCACAGAUGGUCCAAUCAACUUGGGUUUAAAUAUAUACUGCUAAAAAAAAGAAAACAAAGUUAAGGGGGGUUACCUAGUACCGGUUUGACUUGACGUUCAAGUCAAACUGGGACUACGUGUUUUUGAGGGGUAUGUAUCUGUGAUCUAGACCGAUUUACACACCGUGUGUUUUUUCCUCCAGCACAACGUUGUCCAUGUUGCUCGGGUCAUGACCUGCAGUAUGAUUGGGCAGGAGACAGAACGCGGUCGCUUUUAAAAAGCAGUGGGUCCAAGCAUGAAGAGGAAAAGCAAACAUGGGCGACAAGUAAUGGUGGUGGUUUAACUAGCAAAUAAAUGAGGAAAUGAACAAUGCUUUAAACAUAAGAUAUUUCACUGUCAAUGUUGCGACGUCGUGAUUCGGAAUCAGGUGUGAAAGCCGAGUUAGAAGGGAGGUGAUGGACUUGGAAGUGGGAUUAACAAAGACGGUCAAAGAAUGUCUUUUAGCAAGUUUUGCAAAAAAAAUUUGCUGUGUCUUUUAACGUAAAAAAGUCGACAGAUGAAUGUACGGAAUCCUGGAUCUGUUUUGUAUCAGCCGUCGUCCGAUAAUCUGACGGUCUGAUCAAUUUUACGAUGCACAACACUGCUCUAGUGGACAUUAUAAAACAUAAUCGUGUAAUUUCAGAUGAAUAAGAUCAAAUAUCCUCAAAUCAAAAAAUCUCUAAUGGUUUCCAGUACACUGUAGGAAUGAGCUUAAUGGUUUCCAUCACACUCCUCAAGAAUGUCCAUGAAGGAUUUUCUGGUUGGUGUUAAACAUCACCAGAACCCAGGUGCUUCAAAGUGUUCCAGUGUUGCAGUCAGAAUCCAAUAGGAACCAGACAUUCCAUUAAGCAUCCAUUACAGUCCAUCAGAACAACAUUAAAGCUCUUUAGGAGCCGAAGGUAAUGUUCUUUUUUACACUUUUGCUCUGAUUUGAAGAGGUUCAGAUCGGAUAAUUUUGAGAUUUUAAAAUACAGUAUUGUGUUAAAAUUUAAAAUUAAAAAUUGUUUUGUGUCCACAUUUAUUUUAUUUCUUUGAAUCCAUCUUUUGAUAUAAAAACUUAAUUUUUUAUACUUUGAUUGUAUUUUUAGUUUUUCCUUAAGUUGUCCUCUUUUCCUCUUACACUUAGUUUUUAUUAAUGAAUCUGAAAACUGGAGAAAAAAGUAAAAAGUACACAGUGUUCACUUUGUCAAAUAAAAAUCAAAAAGAAAAAAAAAUCACCCCAAACUUUUUUCCCCCUCAGACAGACACCGAAAUGUUAGUAAAAUGCUUUCUGAAUGAAACCACAGGGAAAAGUUCAAAAAGCAUUUUCAAAUGAUUUAUGUUAUUAACAGAAAAGGCUUCACUUCCUCUUAAACACCUUUGCAUUAAAGAGGAAAUGCUGGAGAUUUUAUUAUUAUUAUUUUGUUUAUUGUUGUUAUUUGUUUCUUUAGGAAAAAAUGGGAGCUUUGUUAGAUUCUGCUGUUUUGCGCAUGCGAAAUACGAAUAUAUGCAAAUGUUAAGUUUUAUUAAAACAAGAUUUCUGGUGAAACGGUGAGAAUGAAAACCUGAGAAUGUUUAUUUCGUUUUCAUUCGCAUGAAAAACUACACUAAAGUUGUAAUGAUGUAAUUUUUUAUACGAUGACGCACAACUUUAAAUACACGCACAAUGCCUUCA